CUGCCAACUCUCGUGAGAGUUCACCCGCCGCCGGAAGCAGGUAGAAUGUCUGCGCGCCUCUUUCCGGAAGUGCUCUUCACUACAGUUGGAGAUUUGUGUAUAUCCAGGACAGGAUUUUAAGAGAUGCAAAUAGAACACAGCUAGGUAACCUUAACAGAGUACUCGCUAUCUGGCUGAAACCCAAAGCCACGGAUCUUAGUGCUCGGUCACCUCGAAGGAGGAUGUUAUCUCACCAACUUAUCUGGUCAAUGAGGAAUUGUUGUUUCAGCUGAGCUUGGCAUGAUUUAUGAAUCUUAGGGACUAGAGGAUCGAAAACCAGAAGAACGUAUUGGAGCAACUCAGCAAAUCUGGCCAGCAGCAUCUGUGGAGAGAGAGUUGAUGUUUCGAGCCCAAUAUCAUUUCUUCGGAACUGAAGAAUUGGGCUCUGCUUGUAGUCAGGGGUUGGAGUUGGUUGCACACGGGCUACAAAAACCAUGAAGCGUCUCAAGCUGAAAGAAUUGGAGAGUUUAUUGCAGCGAGUGGAUGGUUUUGAGCAGCCGAAGUUACUCCUUGAACAAUAUCCCACGAGCCCGCAUAUAGCAGCACAUAUGCUGUAUACCAUACACACAACAUUCGAUGACGUUGAGAGUAAGUUGAUUGGAGAUCUUGGGUGUGGAUGUGGAGUUCUAAGUAUUGGAGCAGCUAUGCUAGAUGCGGGAUUGUGUGUGGGAUUUGAUAUUGAUGAAGGAGCACUCAACAUAUUUAACAGGAAUGUAGAAGAAUUUGAAUUGGCCAACGUUGAUAUGGUUCAAUGUGACGUUUGUUCAGUAAUGACCAGCAAAUUAUCAAAGGCAUUUGACACAAUAAUAAUGAAUCCACCAUUUGGAACAAAACACAAUAAAGGUGUGGACAUGAAAUUCCUCAAAAUUGCUUUAGAUAUGGCCAGAACAGCUGUAUAUUCCCUACACAAAACAUCAACCAGAAAUCAUAUUCAAAAGAAGGCUGAAGAAUGGAAGAUAAAGAUGGAAGUAAUUGCUGAGCUGAGAUAUGACUUAUCAGCAUCAUACAGAUUUCAUAAGAAGAAAUCGAUCGACAUUGAGGUGGACUUCAUACGGUUUUCGUUUAAAUAAAUUCCAUCCUUCUGGAAGAUAUUCAAUGGAGACAAUGCAGAAAUCAAAAUUAAAUAUAGUUAAAACACCUUG